CUGGGAGGUGGAGGAGGGAGCGCCGGACGCCGAGCCCACGCGCACCCUGCCGGGACAAGUGGAGGCCAGGCUAGCGAGUGGACACCCCGAGCUCCUGCUACCCGAAAUCUCUCCAGCCCAUCCCUCGAAUCCCGGCCCAACGAAAUGGCAGGCGCCUAACCCGCAUCCAUCCGCCGGCUCAGCCUAUCCAGCCCAUGGGCACCCGAAGGCCCGUCCUGCCAACGGAAAGGCCGCGGCCACGAUGGCGGCGGACGUCGAGGGGGACGUGUACGUGCUGGUGGAGCACCCCUUCCAGUACACGGGCAAGGACGGGCGCCGCAUCGCCAUCCAGCCCAACGAGCGCUAUCGGCUGCUACGCCGCAGCACCGAGCACUGGUGGCAUGUGCGGCGCGAGCCCGACGGACGCCCCUUCUACCUACCUGCGCAGUAUGUGCGCGAGCUGCCAGCGAUCGGCGACCCUGCCACCAGCCUGCCGCCACCCUUGCCCCAUCCUGGCCCGGCAGCCCCGGAACCGCUUGCUUACGACUACCGCUUCGUGAGCGCGCCGGUGCCAGCGGGCCCCGACGGCGUGCCCGCCGAGCCCCGGGGCCGUGCGGGCUCCCUAUGCGCCCCCGCGCGGCGCGGCACCGCGACCCAGCGCAGCAGCCUGGCGCCCGGCCUUCCCGCCUGCUUGUACACGCGGCCCGCGCCGCGGGUCAGGCCCGCGCAGUCCCUGGACGACCUGGCGCAGGCGGCCGCCGCGCCCCCUGCCGGCCUCCUCGGCAGCGCCGGCCGCUUCAAGGCCUGCAGUGUGGCGGGCUCCUGGGUGUGCCCGCGGCCCCUGGCGCGCAGCGACUCUGAGAACUUGUACGAGACCAUAGAGGACUUGCGCGGACCGCCGCAGGAGGAGCGCCCGAAGCAGGUGGACCAAGCCCCCGAGCCCGUGUACGCGAACGUAGAGAGACAGCCUCCGGCCACUUCCCCUGGGGCCACUGUGGCUCCCCGCCCGCAGCCGCAGCCGGUGUGGGAGACGCACACGGACGCGGACACCGGGCGGCCCUACUACUACAACCCAGACACCGGCGUGACCACCUGGGAGUCGCCUUUCGAGGCUGCCGAAGGCCCCGCCAGCCCGGCCACCUCCCGGUCCUCGGUGGGCAGCCGCGAGAGCCUCGAGACUGAGUGGGGCCAGUACUGGGACGAGGAGAGCCGCAGGGUGUUCUUCUACAACACGCUGACGGGCGACACUGUCUGGGAGGACGAGACGGAGGACGAGCCGGAGGACGUGGAUGACCUGAAGAUGCAGCCAGGCCUGAGCCCCAGCAGCCCCAAGGACCAGAGGCCUCCCACUCCCGAGACCGACUACCCCGAGUUACUGACCAGUUACCCCGAGGAGGACUAUUCCCCGCCCGGCUCUCCCUUAGCCACGCCCCGCGGCUGGUCUUGCCACGUGGACCCGGAGGGGCAAACGCUCUACACCAACCAGUUUACCCAAGAGCAGUGGGUGAAGCUAGAGGACCACGGGAAGCCCUACUUCUACAACCCAAAUGACGCCUCUGUUCGGUGGCAUCUGCCCCAGGUCCCGGUUCCUGCCCCACGAAGUAUCCGCAAAUCCAGCCAGGACAGUGCGACCCCAGCCCAGGCCAGCCCCCCUGAGGAGAAAAUCAAGACCCUGGACAAGGCAGGCGUGCUGCAUCGCACCAAGACGGUGGACAAGGGAAAGCGGGUCCGGAAGAAGCACUGGAGCUCCUCCUGGACGGUGCUGGAAGGCGGCGUCCUGACGUUCUUCAAGGACUCGAAGACCUCAACUGCAGUUGGCUUGAGGCAGCCUUCUAAGCUCUCUACCCCCGAGUACACAGUGGAGCUGAAGGGGGCUUCUCUUGCCUGGGCCCCCAAAGACAAAUCCAGCAAGAAGAAUGUGCUGGAGCUGCGGAGCCGAGAUGGCUCAGAGUACCUGAUCCAGCAUGACUCUGAGGCCAUCAUCAGCACCUGGCACAAGGCCAUUGCCCAGGGGAUCCAGGAACUGUCUACAGAACUGCCCCCGGAGGAGGAAAGCGAGAACAGCAGCCUGGACUUCGGGUCCAGCGAGCGCCUGGGAAGCUGGCGGGAGGAUGAGGCGCGGCCGGGAGCAGCAGCCGCUCCUGUCCUGAGCCCUGGGGUGCAGGAGAGUGACUUGAGCAAGGUCCGGCAAAAGCUCCGCAAGUUCCUGCUCAGGCGGCCCACGAUGCAGUCGCUGCGGGAGAAGGGCUACAUCAAAGACCAGGUGUUCGGCUGCGCGCUGGCUACGCUGUGCGAGCGCGAGAGGAGCCCGGUGCCGCGCUUUGUGCAGCAGUGCAUCCGAGCCGUCGAGGCCCGCGGACUGGACAUUGACGGGCUGUACCGCAUCAGUGGAAACCUCGCCACCAUCCAGAAGCUGCGUUAUAGGGUGGACCACGAUGAGCAUCUCGACCUGGACGACGGACGCUGGGAGGACGUUCACGUUAUUACCGGCGCCCUGAAGCUCUUCUUUAGAGAGCUACCUGAGCCCCUCUUCCCCUUCUCGCACUUCCGCCAGUUCAUCACGGCCAUCAAGCUGCAAGACCCGGCCCAGCGCAGCCGCUGUGUGCGUGACCUGGUGCGCUCGCUGCCCGCCCCCAACCAUGACACGCUGCGACUGCUCUUCCAGCACCUGUGCAGGGUGAUUGAGUACGGCGAACAGAACCGCAUGUCCGUGCAGAGCGUGGCCAUAGUUUUCGGGCCCACGCUGCUGCGGCCCGAGACGGAGGAGACCAGUAUGCCCAUGACCAUGGUGUUCCAGAACCAGGUGGUGGAGCUCAUCCUGCAGCAGUGCUCAGAUAUCUUCCCACCGCACUGACCCCACUGCGGGCACUGAGGACCUGGAACUGGGGUUGGCGACGUUGGUCCUGCUGCGGGGCUGGACUCUAAUUCUGAGACCCUCCACCUCCCACUAGCCCGCAGGUCGCGGGGAAUUCUGCACUCCUCGGUUCUGAGGGUAUGGUAACCUUUGGUGGGCAGUUCACAAAAGGUGAUUUCCCGCCUCACCUGUCUUGUUUUGGGGUUAAUUGGGUUCUGUUCUUUAUUACAGCGACACCUACUGUGCGUGUGUGAGAAUGUAGAGGGGGCGGUGAGGGUUGUUUUCUGGGAUGGCCCAAGCCCCAUGCUGGGAAGAGGAAUUUGGGUGAGGGCAACUUGGCUUCUUCAGGCUUGAAGCCUUAACAGAGACCCUGUGGGCUGGCACUGUGCCCAUCGUGAAGCAACGUCCCUGCUGCGAAACAGUACUGACCUGGGCCUCCAGCAAGGGCAUCUGAACCUGCCUUCCCUCAGGCCUCACUGGAACUUCUGCCCAGCCCUCUCACUGGCUGGCUGGGACAAUUUUCAUCUGCUUUCUUGUUUGGGGUUCCCGGACUCUGCCUUCCUUGACCCAUUUGUGCUUUGUGCAAGGGUUCUUCCUAUUUACAAGGGUUCUUCCUAAAUGUGUACCUGGCACCUGCCACCUGACAUGCACCCCCAUUUCCACAUGAUCCCAUUUUGCAGAUGAGGAAACUGAGGCUUGCAGAGGCAACAUGACUUGUUCAGGGUCCAUUGGGUGAUCUUACUCCCCACCUUAAGCUCCUCUUACACCAAAGCACAGCCUAAUGGGAGGGUAAAAUCUAUCCUUUCAGCUACACCCCAACCACAGCAAGGGCUUAUGGGUAAAGCAAAAGAAACUAGGCUGGGUGGGUUCUGUCUGAGCCUGGGAAGGUACCUAAAGGUGAAGAGGAAACCUGCUCAGCUGUUUUCCCCGGGGGGAGGGUAAAUUGCAUUAGCAGGAGCCCCAGCCCCUCUCAGCACCUGGCUGUCAAGUAUGCCUACCUGGUGGCCACUUGUGCUAUAGAGCUGGGAGAGGCCUGCGGGGUGGGGGAAGGAGGGCAAAACCUCAAUAAAAGAAGUGUGGACCCUGGGGUCAGCAGCCCCCCUUCCCUCAUACACAAACCACCUCAGUUUAUGGGUCCUCAGCCCCUAACCCAUCCACCCCUUCAUUUAUUCAACAAGCAAUAAUAGCUAAUAUUUAUUGACAUUUGCACCAUGCCAAGCAUUUUACUUGGAUUAUCCUGUUUGUUUCUCACAGCCAGUAUUUAUUAUCUGCUCUUCUGUGCCAGACACUGCUCUGGAGCAGGGGUACUGCACAUUGCCUCCCUGGUGGAGCUUAUGGUCCUGUGGGUGAGGCUGACCCAAGCCCAUAUCUAAUGCCAGCGGGGCUUAGGCAAGAGGGCAAAUGGAGGCCACAUAUGUCGAAAUACUGUAAAGUUAUAAAUCAAGCUAACAACUGUUCAAUAAAAGA